AUGUCGCCUGCUACUGCUACGAAGAAGCCGGUCGUUACCAAAUCGCCGGCUGCCAAACCCCCAGUGAAGAAGGCGACGGCUCCAAAGCCAACCCCAGCGAGCCAAUCAGCGUCCAAGCCCCCGGUACCAGCUGCUGUUAAGAGGAAGAAAAAAGAUGACCUCGGUGCUGGAUUGCGGAUCUCGAAAGACAAUGUCGAAGCGCAUCCGGCUGGACCACCGCGCUUUGGCGAGUUGACACAGGCAGAACGAGCUUUCACGUUAGCCUCGACGUUCUUGUCCGGCGUUCUGGCUAUAAGCGCAUCCCAAUUCCUAGGCGCACCGCUAAAGUUGAUUGACCCGCAAUUCUACGAUGGCUACAUGGCAUAUACCAAAGAAUGCUUCGCCAUACUGAUCACAUGUCUCACCCAAUGGUGGGCUCCGACCGUCGUCCGUGUAUCUGGCGACUCCAGUAUGGUCGGCCAACUUAUCAAACGCAAAGAUGGAUCGUUGCAAUGCAAUUUCGCAGACCGCAUGGUGCUCAUGGCAAACCAUCAACUCUACACUGACUGGCUGUAUAUCUGGUGGAUCGCAUAUACGAACAACAUGCACGGCUUCAUCUACAUUAUAUUGAAGGAGUCGCUGAAGAACAUCCCUAUCAUUGGAUGGGGCGCCCAGUUCUACAACUUCAUCUUUCUAUCUAGAAAAUGGGAGGAAGACCAGCGCACGUUCAAGAAACAUCUGAGCAAGCUGAACAAGAAAGGAGAUCCCAUGUGGCUGAUCAUCUUUCCUGAGGGCACGAAUCUGUCAAAGACUACACGCGAAAAGAGCCAGCAAUGGGCGAAGAAGAAUGGGUUGCAGGAUAUGAAGCACCAACUGCUCCCACGCAGCACUGGUCUCAAGUUCUGCCUCAACGAAUUGAGGGAAACGACAGAUUGGCUGUACGACUGUACCAUCGCAUACGAAGGCGUGCCAGAAGGUCAAUUCGGUCAAGAUAUCUUCACUCUGCGCUCUUCUUUCUUCGAAGGCCGGCCUCCCAAGUCAGUCAACAUGCACUGGCGACGAUUCCACCUCGACGAUAUCCCAUAUGAGAACACCCACGCUUUCGAAGUCUGGCUGAGAAACCGUUGGAGGGAGAAGGACUACAUGCUGGAGUACUUCAGUCGCCACAACCGGUUUCCCGCAGAAGAUUUCUGGAAGAACCACCUGGACAUGGACAGCAAGAGCGAGAGCAGCAGAGGCGGAAACAAGACCAUCCGAACCGUCCCCCGCCCAGCCGUCCAAAUCGAAACCGAAGUCAAGAGCGGCAAUUGGAACGAAUUCGUCAAAAUCUUCGCCCCAAUAACCUCCGUCAUGAUGGCCCUAACCGUAGCCUACGGUGCCUCGCCAGAAGACCUACCCAUACCCGGCGCCAAAGAAUUCUUCCAAACGCACAUGAAAACACUCCUAGGUCAAGGCGGCGAAAUGAAAGGCCUCCCGAGCCCCGAGCAACUAGAAAAGAUGAUAGAAGGCGCCGCACAAAUGGGCGCAGCACAAGCCGCCGGUCCAAAAGAAGUACCAGAAGUACAACGGCUUACGCAAGAAAACCUCGCCAAACUAGUCAAAGAAACAGCUAUUGCAAGCGGCGCUGUAAUGCCCAACGGAAUGAGAAGAGCAAGCACAGCACUGCCGCCACCAAUGACCAAGACGCUGCAGACGCCCACUGCCGCGACCCCAGCAGCAAGGCGAGCUCAAAGCGCCGUGAACCUCCCCACAUCCUCAGCGAAGAAACCCACAGCCACUGCACCUAAACCAGGCACCGCCGCACACGCCCGCGCAAACCCCGUAGCCACAACCAAAAAGCCCACACCACCGCCCCCCACAGGUCCCAUGAAAGAAGUAAUGACCGCCUCAGGCGUCAUGAUCAAAGUCCCUCAAACGGAGGUCGAACAAGCCAAAAAAACUGGCACGCUAACCAUGGCGAAUGGCGUCAAGAUCAAAGUAGACAAAGAAGACAUCGAAAAAGCGCAGCAGGAGAAGAAGGGAACGACUUUCAUGACAGCAGGCGGUGUGCCCAUCAAAGUGACGCCUAGCGGUGCUGUGCAGGUGCCUGAGAAAGUGAGUAACAAGGGGCAAGCGGCGGCUGUGAAGAAGACGGGGGAGUUGGCGAAGAAGAUGGGUGCUGUGUCCGCACCGGCGAAGAAGGCGCCUGCUAAGAUAGGAGGUGCGGCGAAUGGAACUGCGAAGAAAGAGAGUGUUGGGAAUGGGGCGGCGAAGAAACCGGCUGCGGCUCCGAGGAAGCUUUGA